AUGGCUCUCCAAACAGCUUCUUUACUUCAAGCUGCUAUCUCCACCCAUAAAGAGAGGAAGUCUAAUGCUUCCCUCAAGGAGACAUCAUCUCUCUUUGGAGUCUCUGUAUCAGACCCUCUUAGAGUUGAAUUCGACUCUCUUGUCACAGGAAGCAAGCAAUUCAAGAGAAAAGUAUCAGUUGGACCCAUCCGAGCCCAAACGACAACAGCAACUCCAGCAUUCAACCAGUCUGCGCAAGAAGGGAAGAAAACUAUCAGAAAGGGCAAUGUUAUAAUCACUGGAGCAUCCUCUGGCUUAGGUCUUGCCACAGCAAAGGCUCUUGCUGAAACUGGGAAAUGGGAUGUAAUCUUGGCCUGCAGGAACUUUCUCAAAGCUGAGAGGGCUGCUAAAUCAGUUGGCAUUGCUAAGGAAAACUUCACUGUUAUGCAUCUUGACCUUGCUUCCCUUGACAGUGUCAGGCAAUUUGUAGAUAACUUCAAGCGUUCAGGAAAGCCACUUGAUGUGCUGGUUUGCAAUGCUGCCGUCUACUUGCCAACUGCAAAGGAGCCAACUUUCACUGCUGAAGGUUUUGAACUUAGCGUCGGCACUAACCAUCUUGGGCACUUCCUCCUUUCACGAUUGCUGCUAGAUGAUUUGAAGCAAUCAGACUACCCAUCAAAGCGUCUCAUUAUUGUUGGCUCGAUAACAGGCAACACAAACACCUUGGCAGGAAAUGUGCCACCAAAGGCUAACCUUGGUGAUCUGAGGGGACUUGCGGGAGGCUUGAACGGGUUGAACAGCUCACCCAUGAUAGAUGGGGGAGAGUUUGAUGGUGCCAAGGCCUACAAAGACAGCAAAGUUUGCAACAUGCUCACGAUGCAAGAGUUCCAUAGACGCUACCACGAGGAGACAGGAAUCACCUUUGCUUCCCUCUAUCCUGGUUGUAUUGCGGAAACAGGGCUGUUUAGGGAGCACAUUCCCUUAUUUAGGCUUCUCUUCCCAGCCUUUCAGAAGUACAUCACUAGAGGAUAUGUCUCUGAAGAAGAAGCAGGAAAAAGACUUGCACAGGUAGUGAGCAAUCCAAGCCUAACAAAAUCAGGCGUGUACUGGAGCUGGAACCAGAGUUCUGCCUCAUUCGAAAACCAGCUUUCCAAAGAAGCCAGUGAUGCAAAGAAAGCCCAUAAACUGUGGGAAAUAAGUGAAAAGGUUGUUGGAUUGGCUUAA